GCCCUUUGGAAAGUAUUUUAGACAAUUGCCAAAAGCCGAACCUGACCACACUUGUAUCUAUUUUUCGACUCGAACGACACUCGAAUAGUUCCGAAAUGCAAUCCAGUAAAUUCUCGCAAGCUGUCAGCAACUCGCUGAUCCUGGUUGGGAUCGGGAUGAGUGCCUGUGGCCUGGCCGCCCAGCUCAUCCUGCGGCGCUCGCCCGCUGCCGCCUCCACGACCUCCGCGCGCAUAAGUCAGCUGUGGUCGCGCCUGGAAAGCCUCGGAAUGCUGGGGAACCUAAAGGACCUCGCCUUCCAGAGCCUCAAGUCCAGGCACUACUACCGUGGCGGCUUUCAGUGGCAUCCUUCGGCGUCCUGCAGGAGCGGAUGACACCCAGGGAGGCGGCCCAGAUUCUGGGCACCAGUCUCAGCGCCCCCCAGGCAAGGCUGCGGGAGGCCCACAGGCAGGUCAUGCUGGCCAACCAUCCGGACCGCUGUGGCUCUCCCUAUUUGGCGUCCAAAAUCAACGAGGCCAAGGAGCUGCUAAUGUCGCGGAGGCAGCGGUCCCGGUAGGGAAGGACGGCAAGGGUACGGCUCAGAGAGGUGUGCCUGCGGAGAGUAUGGCAUCGUUGUCCAAAUUUCAGAUAAUGAUUUAGCUUUUUAAUGGAGGGAGGUGUGUUUCGCAAUAAAAUCAAUGUAGCGGCAGACCUUUUCUAAGCACAGGCGUUUGUUGAAGCUGUUCUUUUCCAAAUUACUAGAUUAUUAUUCUUUUAGUCUUGUCUUAAUAAAUAUUGUAAUCGGUUGCUGAA